AAUCAUAAAUUUGAUUUUGAAGAAAGAGACAAAGGAGGUACCUGGGUGAGAGAAAGGGGACGACUUCAAGUCUAUGCCUCAAAAUUUGUUACAAAUAGAAAGUUCAUCGUAUAAUUUGCUUAAUUGAGGGUUUGAUUUCAUUUAGUUAACCCUGUUGUGCCUAUCUGGAGUUGGUGAUUCAGGAUCCAUCAAUGUCUCUGUUUGCUGUUUUUUCCAUUUGUACAGUUGCCAAGGAUGCAGCUGGGGUUGCAGGGAAUUUGUUUGCUUUUGGGUUGUUUGUGUCUCCCAUACCCACAUUUAGGAGAAUUAUCAGAAAUGGGUCGACGGAGAUGUUCUCAGGGUUGCCAUAUAUUUAUUCGCUCUUGAACUGCUUGAUCUGCAUGUGGUAUGGCACACCUCUGAUAUCUGCUGAUAAUUUGUUGGUUACAACUGUUAACUCAAUUGGAGCAGUCUUUCAGUUUGUGUAUAUAAUUAUUUUCCUGAUGUAUGUUGAGAAAUCAAAGAAGGUGAGAAUGAUUGUAUUAUUGGUGGCAGUUCUUGGAGUAUUUGCAAUCAUAUUAGUUGGAAGCUUGGAAAUAGAUGACAUUCAAAUGCGUCGGUUCUUUGUGGGAUUUUUGAGCUGUGCGUCUCUCAUUUCGAUGUUUGCCUCUCCAUUGUUUAUAAUUAAAUUGGUCAUUCAGACAAAGAGUGUUGAAUUCAUGCCAUUUUAUCUUUCACUUUCCACCUUCCUAAUGAGCACCUCUUUCUUUCUUUAUGGAUUGUUCAACGAUGAUGCCUUCAUUUAUGCGCCAAAUGGGAUAGGAACUGUUUUGGGAGUGACACAGUUGAUACUAUACUUCUACUACGAGAAUAAAUCCAGAGACAGCUCCAGAGAACCUCUGAUAGUGUCAUAUGUAUGAUCAGUUAUGCUGAAAAGACCAAAGGCAAAAGCAAAUAUAUUUCAGGGUAAGAAAAGACCUUUGGCUGCUAAAUGUGGGCUGACACUGGAAUUGGCAACCUGUUUGAUUCAAUUUGUAGGAGCAAUUACUGUUUGAGGGUGACAACCAGAAGUUGUGACAAUGAAUAACUUUGAAUUUUCUGUAUCAUAGUUACCAGGUACGUGGUACAGGUACUGGUAUGUGGUACUUGUAGGUAUAGAUUGUCACAUUUUUACAUUAUUAUUGCAAGACUUCUUUUGAAGAGAAUCUAUUACGCAAUAUGUGGCACGGUGAAUUCAGUAUACAAUACUCAGGGUUAUAUUUAUGCAAGCCUUGAGGAGGGGAACAGUGCUUUGCAAGAAAGGCACACUGCACCACUCCUGCAGUCGUUGGUGAUGGUCUAGGCUAGCUUCUCUUGCUUUGAUGCCAUUUCCAUUUCCUAGUUCAUCAGAUGUUAGAGACAAAUAUGUACACAGUAUUUAAGUUGUUCCAUGUUGAUCCUUAAUGAAAACUUAUGUGCAGCAGACAUACUUUGUCUCUGUUGAUCUUCAAAUAGCUAUUGAAUCAUUUGUCUC